ACAAUUUCCUGUUAACGCGAUGAGCUAACUUUUAGCCACGUUAGCACAUGACCCGCGCGACCGGCUAGGCCUUCAGCUAACACUCAUCCGGGGAGUUUUUGUGGCAGCACGGGUAUCUUUAAUGGCUCUCGCGGUGAAGACUCGGAGCACAGCAGGGGAGGGAGAAGACACUCAGGAGACGGUGCUUUAAGUUGUGGAUUAACGCUAUUCCUUCCCCAUAAUGAGACAUUUUUCCAGGCUGUUUUCAGUUAUGGCUGGACCCAGGCCCGUGGUGUGUAGUGGCCCAUCAGGGGUGGGAAAGAGCACUCUGCUGAAGAAGCUCAUGAAGGAAUAUGAAGGUGUCUUUGGCUUCAGCAUCUCACAUACGACAAGAAAACCCCGACCUGGAGAACAGAACGGCAUAGAUUACCAUUAUGUUACGCGGGAUGUGAUGCAGGCAGGCAUCCACAAUGGCGAUUUUAUUGAGAGUGCAGAGUUUUCCGGGAACCUGUAUGGGACGAGUAAAGCAGCUGUCCAAGAGGUCCAAUCCAAGAACCUCAUCUGUUUAUUAGACAUUGAUAUGCAGGGUGUGAAGAACAUCAAAAAGACAGACCUCAAUCCAAUGUUCAUUUCCAUCCAGCCACCAUCCAUGGAAAUCCUGGAAAAGCGUCUAAGAGGCAGAAAAACGGAGUCGGAGGAGAGCCUCCAAAAGCGUUUAAAGACAGCCAAAAUAGAGAUGGAGUUUAGCAAAGAACCUGGUGCGUUUGAUGUUAUAAUCAUUAAUGAUAAUUUGGACGAUGCUUAUGCGAAGUUGAAAGACGCUCUUAAGGAGGAAAUUGAUAAGGUCAAGAAAGUGUCCUCAUAGGAGAAAGCAGCAUCGUGGUCUUCGUUCAGCCACUCCUCACAACACCACCUCACAAUUCCACUCUUGUACAUUCCCUCAGAUGGUGGUCUGUGAAACUAGGACAAUUUCCUUCAGCAGAUAUACAAACAGCUUUUGUUUAGAAGUAGUUACUAAUAAAUAACUUGGUGUAAAGUGGAACAUUUUUAUUUAAUUUUUUUUACAGACAAAGUGCUUUCCACAUUUUUAUUUUUACACUGAAGAGAAGACACCCCGAGAACGCUUACUUGAAGUACAACUGGCAUGAUAAGCAGGAACAAUUUGAUGCACACAGAAAAUACUGUGUGCAACCGUAUUCUUUUGCAGAAGUACGAUUCAUUCCAUCAUCUGGACAGACUGGUUUUUCA